UAUGAUCUUAGUGCACUACUGUAUAUUAAUGAAUUUUUAGAUUUCCCUGAAGUGAACUGGGUAGUGCAGAUGGAUUGUCCAGAAGAUGCUAACACUUAUAUACACAGGGCAGGCAGAACCGCUCGAUACCAUAAAGGUGGAGAAUCACUGUUGGUUCUAUUACCAUCUGAAAAGGAGGCAAUGUUGAAACAUUUGGAGAAAAAGAAGAUACCUAUUAAUGAAAUCAAAAUCAACCCUGCAAAGCUAACUAAUCCACAAGUGAAGAUGGAAGCCUUUCUAGCUAAAAAUUCUAGCCUCAAGGAGAGUGCUCAGAGAGCAUUUGUGGCGUACUUUAAAUCUGUCUUUUUAAUGAAGGAUAAAAAAGUGUUCAAUGUCAGUGCAUUGGAUCCAGAAGCUUAUGCGAGGUCAUUGGGAUUGGUUGUUUCUCCUCGAAUCAGAUUCCUUCAGAAACAUAACAAGGGUCUAGUACAAAAUACAAAAAAGAUGGAACCAGAAUUACCUUCGCAUGAAACUAAGGAUGUGACAGAAACUGAGCAGGAAUCUCACAACAGUGAUGUGGUUCAGCAGCCAGUGAAACUGGAGAGAGAAGAAAUCCUAACCCACUUUACAGCAGGUAACUUUGACAGUGAUGAAGAAUUGCUUGUUAUUAAAAACCAUCCAGAUCACAAAUCAGAAGAGAUUUGUUCUGAGGAAGAUGAGAAUGAAAAUGUCUUGUCAUAUAUGACAGAAACAUUAACCAAAAAGCCAAUUACAAAAGCUGCACUAGUAAAAAAAAUGUUGAAAAAUAAAUGUGUAUUAAAUAAAAAAACUGUAUUUACGGAAAAUGAAGAAGUUUUGGAGAAUGAAGUUAAAGUAAAAACUUUAGACGAUGAAAGUAAUGCUGCUGUUGGAAGGUUUAAUAUUAUUAAAGAAGCUGCUAGCACCAUGAAAGCUGAGGACAAAAAUGAUAUUAAGAGUUUCAGAGAAAAAUUGAAGCUGAAACACAGAGAGAAAAAGUUAAAAGAGAAGAAGCUCAAGAAGAAGGAGGAAAGUGAUGAAGAAAUUGAUGUCUACAGUGGAAGUGAAAGUGAUGGCAGUGAACCUGAUCUAUCCUGGUUGCCAGAUCCUGACAAGGUUUUUGGAAAAAAUGCAGAAAGUGAUAUUUCGGAGAAUGAAAGUGAAGAUGAAAAAGAUUCAAAUGAAAGCUCAUCUGAAUUAGACAGUAAAAGAAAAAGGAAACAUAAUGAGUGGAAAUCAAAUAAAAAGUACAAAAAAUCUCAGAAUACAUUUGAUGAUGAACCAUUGAAUGGAGGAACGUCUCUUAAAGAAGAUGAAGAACUUGUAUUAAAAUUCUUAUCCUCUAAAAGAUAGCAUAAAGCAUCCUUUAUAUUUUAGUUAUGUAAUCUAUUAAGGUUUCACAUUAAAAUAUAAGUUUUAUUGUAGUUUGUUAUUAAUGUAUAUUUAUACUAUGUGUAAUUAAAGAAGUGUAAUUAAAGUGUUUUGUACCUUAA